AUGCAGCGUGAUUUCUCGCAUCCCAAUUUCUCGUCUACCCUCGAGAAGUUCUCUUUAGAGCUCGAACGGAGAGAUACCUGGUCGGGGAUAAGUGAUCCCAAACUGCGGAGAAAGCUACAGAAUCGGUUGAAUCAGAGAGCUUAUCGAAAACGAAGGCUUGCCCAAAGUGAUCAAGUUACCGAAGGUCGACUCGUCUCCCCACCCAACACCCGAUGUCAAACACAACGCCCAGCAAGGUGGCUGUCAGCUAAGGAAGCCGAAUUUCUCUCGGAGCAAUUCAGCAAAUCUUCAUUCCAGAGUUAUACGCGAGGCUCCUCUACAGCGGGCCACCUAAUAAUACUCACCAAACUCAAUGUAUACCGCGCAUUUAUCCAAAAUCUCUCCACCCUUGGGAUAAUACCUCACCUUGAUUGGAGAUCGGAGAAUACAAUAUCUCCAUUCAACAUCUGUGCACGAGAGAAAAUCGACGACACGACGCUGCCGGUCAGUCUACGGCCGACGCAGAUACAGUACGAAAUCCCCCAUCAUCCCUGGCUAGACUUUUUUCCGUUUCGCAGAAUGCGAGACAACCUGAUUUCUGCCCGUGAUAAGCUGGAUGAAGGUCAAUUAUGCGUCGAUAUCAUGGGAUUUUGGGACAUCUCGACGAAGAGUUGUGGUCUGCUGGUAUGGGGAGAGCCUUCGGAUCCAAAGAGUUGGGAGAUUACAGAGGAAUUCUUGAAGAAAUGGCCGUGGGUGAUGUGCGGAGUGCCGGAGCUAAUUGAGUCUACAAAUUAUUGGCGAAGAAAGCGAGGAGAGGAAGUGAUUUUUCGAUAUAUUUGA